AUGCUUGGCGCAAAACCACUCACUUGCGGCAUCCUUGCUGCUAUUGCACCCAUUGCAGCGGCUGGAUAUGGAAAUGCAAACCCUUUCUGCAAAGGUGGCAUUCCUGCCAUCGCAGCUGCUAUCCUGACCAAAUACGAACCUGCUGAGACUUUCUGUUCGAGCGCAUAUCCUCUGCCCAAAAUCACGUCGACCAAGACUGCAAGCACGUCGACCGUAACGACCACUGUUGCUACUGUGAGUCCUACCACCACAAUCGCUACUGUCACAGCAACAAUCACUCCUUCCACUGAGACAGUCACUGUCACUUCGGACACAGUGACAGAAUCGGUCACCACCACUGUUGAUACCACCACGUUCACAGAAUACGUUGAAGCGACGACUACGUCGACAUCUACGUUCUACACCAUCUCCAUUAUACAGAAGCGAGAUGAAGACAACCAACUGGUUGAACGCCACAACCCUCAGGCAGCAUCUCACUGGGCUAGCGUCCAGAAGCAAGCCAAGUCCUUCGUCGGUAGCGUGUGCACAUGUCUAGAAACGCCUGUCACCGUCUCAGCGACAACGACACCAUUGACAACGACAAGUGUCACGGCCACUUCAUCCGUCGAGGUUACUGCUACAGCCACAGACACCGUGACCGCCACCUCGACCGUGUCCGCUACCUCAACCACCACCACAACAAUUUCCAUCACCGCAAGCGAAAGCAUCACCAGCACCACCACGACGACGAUUGUCGAGACGGUCACAGCUGUCGCACAGUACCGGGGUCCUAUCUGCAACAAGCCGAACAUGCAAGGAGGUAUGGGAGGCUGCUCGUCGAACUGCUAUUGCGAUCCCCGCACGCCCGGUGGCCAGCAAUACGGCGUCUGUGACACAGCUACUGGCUGCACUCAGCCUUCCUGCUCGAGCGAUCUCGACUGCGGCCCUGGCCAGGCUUGCGCCAACUACAGCUGUCCUCAGGGCCCAGUGUGCGUGAACUACUCGGGUUGCUCGUCGUCAUUUGUGCCGGCUCAGGCGCCGGCUAAGAGGGGAUUGGUUGAAGGUGCGAAGAGGAUGGCUCAAGGAGAGCGGAGAGCACAGGCUGUUGAUGCGAAGAAGUUGCUCCAGUGCAGGUGGGAUGGACUUACGCCGCAGCAAUGCCCAGCUUAA